CUCACUCGCAUAUAAUUCAGCAAAGACAAUAAUGCAAGUGUUGAUAGGGGAGAGAACAGCCCACAUUCACUCUCCCUUUGCGCUCGAAUCAAAUUUUGAGUGAUAAUUCAAAACCCUAAUCUCACACAGUAUUUCGAGGGAUGAGCAAAGAGAAGCCGCCGGAGCCUCUUGAUUUCUUCAUUUGGACUGUUGAGGAUGUUGGUUUGUGGUUGGAAGAAAUAAAUCUUGGUAGCUAUCGGCAAAUUUUCAAAGAAAACGGUGUCAAUGGAGAGUACUUGGAAGGAAUGUCCAUGUUCACAACUGAACAGAUCCUACGGUUUAUAAGAAGAUGCCACAUGAAAUGGGGAGAUUUCAUAACAUUAUGUAAGGAGCUUAGGCGAAUAAAAGUCGCUUGCUUAAAGGGUGAACAGAAAGUUCACCGACCAUGGUGGGCCCCCUCGUGCCUCUCUGCAGUCUUUGUCAAGGCAGCCAAGCGUAACCAGCAGUCAAGAGUUGUUUCAUUGAAGCUAGAACCUUGAGCAGUCAAGAGUUGUUUCAUUGAAGCUAGAACCUUGACUUGGAUUUUCGCAACUGUAUGUAUACUUUUACUUCCUGGUGGAAGAUGCAGUAAUAGGGAAAACUUUUUUUUUUUUGGGUGUGGAAUUUCUUUGUGUUUUUUGAUGGUGUAAGUCGUUUGUUGUGGCUCUUUUGGGGAGAACUACCUCUCUUGUCCAGCCCUCUUAUACGUAGCUUUUUAGCCUGUUGUAACAAAAGUGUGAUGAAAUCACGAUCAUAUAAAUUUAGUUUUACUUUCCGACUUGAGAAUGUACCUAUAACUAUAAAUUAAUUAAUUAUUUUAGUCACGGGCUGCUUAUUAA